UCCCUCUCCGAGGCCACCCCUUGUGUCAACCGCGCGCAGAAAUGUUAACUGCGACCCCUGUCGGCUUAUACUACUUACAAAACGAAGAGCUGACUAUUUCAGAGUUCUGUCAGUUUAGUAGGAGACUUCGUCGUGUUCAGACCAUUGGUGUCAACCAAGGAUCGGGGGUUGUUCCCAUGGUCCGGGGUGAAACGCGUGUGCCAUCGUUUUUAUCUUUUCCAUUUGCUUUUCCACUUUCUCCUUUGCCCUCUCGAUCCUUGUGAGUCGAGCUUUUGAAAAUGGCUGUGCCCUUUGCAUCGGAUACCAUCAAACUCCAUUUUAUCCUCCUACAUUCGCGCUAGUACACCCCCACAAAAGGGUCGUUUCGUUUCUCAACGUGAAACUAAAAAAAAAUACCAAGUCCAACAGAAUGCCGAGGAAAAUCGGUUUCAGCGUUGUGUACGCGACGAGCGACGAAGAGAGGCAUUCGUCGUUGGAACUUAACGUUCACGGCCCGACCGUAAGGGGCUGGCAAAGUGCUAGAAGAUGUGUAUACCCUCAGGAGCUGAUUCUACGUCUCCAUGGCCCGACGAAACUCGCUAGGAUACAAGUCCUCGCGCAUCAGUACCUCAUACCGGAGAAAUUGGAAAUCUGGACGACUUGUGAGGAAAAUGCAUCGGCGUCAACAGAUUUCACAUACUUGGGCUACAUUGCGCUCUCCGACAAUGCUUCGACUUUGUAUAAGAGUCGUGAACUCAAAAGCGUCGUGUUACCGGAGACGGAAGCCCUGUCGCUCAAACUUCGUCUUCAUAAACCACACAAUAACGCGCACAACAUUCAUGGUCAGGUGGGUCUUAUAGCUAUUAAUAUUCUUGGCGACCCAUACGGCCAAGAGCUUACGAACCAAGGAGAUACUCCUUACAAUCCUCAUUACACGUCACCCUACGACGAUUUGGUAUUCGAGAUGUACGUCGAUCGCGAGGUUGCCAAGAUUAUUAGGCAAAUGGAGGCAAAGAAGCUCCAAGCUGCAGAGGAAGAACGAUUCGAAUACGCCUCGAAGCUUAAAGUCGCAAUGGAAAAUCUUCGUAAAGCUGGGGAACGUCUGGGCAAGUACGAGCUGGAAAAAAAAUACGCUAUUGCAUUGGAAGAUUACGAUAAGGCGAAGGCCAAAAAAGCACAGGCUCAAAACUAUCGACAGCAAGUUUACCAGACUCUCGAGAUCGAGGAUUUAUUAGAACUCCACGGGCCAUUGGAAAAAAACAAUAUAUCAUCCGUGGAUGGAAAAGAGCCUCAAACAGGAGAUUCUGGUUGUGGUACAGCAGCUGCGAUAGCACCCGAAGACAUAUCUUCCCCGCCUAGACUAGUCGUGCCGCCCAGUCGCGAAGGAGCACUAUCCCCCACUGGUCCACCUCACCAACCACCGGUAUCGCCUUUGCAUCAAAAAUCCAAUAGUCCCGAUAUAACCGAUAGCCCACCAAACGGAGUUCUCGAAAGACAUAAUAAUUGCAACAAGGGUUCGCUACGAAGGAAAACGAAAUCAGCUGGACCAUCUCUCAGAUCCAGUUACGAAGCUUACGAAGAGCGAACGAUACCAGCUUUGAGACAUUCCCAUACAAACGAAUUUACGAGGGAAUGUCACUUGGACAACAUGGAGAUAAAAGUGACUUCGAAGCUCAACGACAGGGAGAAGAAACAAGCUGCCUUGCCGAUAUCAGUUUUUGGAAUGGAAAUGGUGGAGAAAUUUUACUCGAAACAAUUUACCGACAAAGAAGAAGGACUUAUGCAAUUGAAGGAAGAAUUGAGAACUUUCGAUGGUGAAGUUUCCAAGCAUUCGGCGAACAAAACUGCCAGGGCAGCUAUUUUAUUGUUACACAGAGCUCUCAGAGACAAAGUAUUUAGCGUUUAUAGUCUUGCUGCUCAACUCAUAAGAAUUUUCUUCGCCGAAUUUGCCACCGACAGGGUAACUCCGGCCGAAAUAGCACGAAGUGUCGAUCGUCUGCUUCCUGAAUUAUUGACAAAAUCCGGGGACACGACACCGAGGAUUCACAAUAUGGCCAUACACACCAUACUAAGCAUGGCUGAUUGUAAGUGCGUCAGAGAUUUGCACAUUAUACCAGUCGCUCUUAGUCGUCCUGUCAGUAGCAGCACUCAUCAGAGGCUCGCCCUGAGCAGGCUAGAAAUGGUCGAACAGCUCAUCCUGAGUCACGGUAUUUCCACAGACAAGCAAAGCGGACUAACGUGUCGCACGCUCUCCGAAUUAGGAUGCUCCGGUUUGCAUCAUCCAGCUGAGGCCGUGAGAAAAGUUUCCGAAAGAAUUUUAGUGCUCGUAUACAAAGUCAAUCCGCGUCUCGUGAGAAAACAAUUACCACCUGACGACGAUAUAACGAGGAGAAAUUUACUUUAUCGUCAAUUGUUUCACGAAUUUGACUUGAUAGACGUUCAGAGGAAAAAAGAAACCGAGCCUACGCAAAAAACGACGGCUACUCCAACGCGCACGAAAUCAAUGGAUAAUAACGUUGCUAGUCUUGCCAAAUCUCCUCCCAGAACGAGCCCUGUUGUAAGCACGGAAAGUUCAACGAGUGUGACAUCACCGUCGGAGAAUAGCACGGAUCACAAAGGAGACAAAUUGUGCAUAUUCUGCUUGUCGAAAGGGCAAGUAUACUCGGAAGAGGGUUUAAAUAUACACUAUUGGCGAACUUGUCCAAUGCUCACGAGAUGCGAGGCUUGCAAGCAAGUUGUUGAGAUUUCUUACUUAAAUUUACAUCUAUUAAACGAAUGUGAUCUUCGAAAUAAUUACGUAAAGUGUGACGUUUGCAAACAAGCCGUUCUCGAAAAAAUUUUUGCGGAACAUUCGAAAGAUGAGAAAUGUACAAAGCCUAUAGAAGGAUAUGAAAGGUGCCCUCUGUGUCGUGCUCUAGUCAAUCAAAAUAAGUGGAGAGAACAUUUGAUGGGAGAUCAUCCGUGCGCGAACAACCCCCGCAAUAAAAUUAGCAAAACUUGUACAAAAUCUCCAUCCAAUUCGCAAAAUUUAAGUGGCAAAUUGACGUCGCCGACCACCCGCGAUUACUAAAAUUAAACGAAACAAUUCAAAUUUUGAAUCGUUGAGCAUUUUAGAUUUUUCGAGCCCGUUUUCAUUUAUCUACAUUUUGUCCCUUUUUUUAUAGUUUAUCUAUCUGUUACUAGUAAUGUAAUGUUUUUGCAUAUUUAUACAUAUAUUGAAGAGAGUGAGAAAUUUAGUAUAGUCAAAUCCCGUCCUUUAGAAAUUACUAGUUUCACUAGAAGUGACUAGUCUGUCAUCGUGGUAUGAAUUUGUUGAUGAGAACGAAAGGAGGAAAAACCGUGCCGACGUAGAAUGUUAGAUUCGAAAGAGAAAAGAACAACGUUUUCUCAAAAAUUCCACGAAACAUUAAAUUCCAUGCCUUAAAUGAUGGACUCUAACGUAUUGCAAUUAAAUUUUACAAAAAACAAUAAAUUAAAAUUCAACGAUUUUUGGCAGGGUCAAUAUCGAUAAUACCUCUUUAUCCGGCCAUAAGUUUGUAAUUUACAUUUACGAUAGUAUGUAAAGCUGUUUAUCGUUGAAUCUCGAAACGAUACCGAAUUUUCACGAUAACAUUGGAAAAGAAAAGGGUGCUUUACGCGCAAAUGUUAUGUAACGUCCUAUGUAAUUUCUUAACUCUAAUAUUAAAGAAACAAAAAAAUGAACUCCGGAUCAAACUCGAUCGUAA